GAAAAGAAAGAAAAAAUAGCUCAAACGCCUUUCUAAAAAAAAGAUUAAAACAAAAGCACAAAACCAUAGUAAGAAAAAUGUCGGAUAUGAUCGUGAAGAAUCAACUAAGAUCUAUAAUUAGCUUACCUUCAAGGUCGCAUCCAAGCACGACGGGAAUCGAGGAAGCUCUUCACAAGGUUAAAAAGAUUAACACCACGACGGAUUCGUCCGAAUCAAUCUUGAUGAGCUUGGCGGGUUUGGAGGAGCUCUACAGUUGUACCGAAGAGUUUCUGAAAAUGGGUUCAACUCAAAGGGUUAUGUCGUCUGAUGGAUCCGAGUUUAUGGAAGAGAUGCUUGAUGGUUCGUUGAGGCUAAUGGAUAUAUGCAGCGUCUCGAGGGAUCUCAUGGUGGAGACUCACGAGCAUGUUCGUGGUGUUCAAUCAUGUCUCAGGAGAAAGAAAUUAGCCGGAGGAGGCGACCAACUCGAUGUUGCCGUCUUGGGGUAUGUUGGAUUUAGAAAGAACAUGAGAAAAGAAGCUAGGAAGCUUCUUGGAUCCUUGAAGAACAUUGAUGGAGGCCUAAGUUCAUCAUUAUCCGUAAUUAAUCGUGACCAAGAUGAACAUUUUGUGGCGGUUAUAGAUGCGAUGAGAAGAGUAGUUUCCGUUAGCGUCUUGGUGUUGAGGUCGUUCUUGGAGUUCUUGUCGGGACGACAAAGUAACAUUAAGAGCAAGUUGGCUUCGGUACUAAAGAAAAAGAAGGUUCAUCAUGAUGAGGGGACCAAUAANGAUAUAAUAGCCCGACAGCUCAGAAAGCCACAGAUUUGCCAGUAA